CAUUAUUUUAAUUGUUGCCGCAGCUUUGACUGCAGCUCCAUUGGUAGGACGAAGCACAGGGGUCCAAAAAGCAAUAGUCUUCGCUUCAGGAGAUUCUAACCCCAAUGACAACAAGCCGUCCGCCACGAGGAACUUUUAUCUCACCGUGGAUGGAGAGCAGUUUGGCGUGUGGCACAUGUUGCCUAGCAGUGCCGGAAUCCCAGAUUUGGACCACGAGGAUGAGAUGUCUUAUUAUCAUGACGCACUGAGGGAUCCAGACGCAACCAUUAUUUUAUAUCUCCAUGGAAAUGGUGGCGACAGGGCCAAUGGAGGCCGACUGCCGCUUUACAAGCUCCUGAGGAGUCUUAAUUACCACGUGUUUGCCAUCGACUACCGAAGUUAUGGGGACUCGGACGACACAUACCUCUCGGAAGAAAGUGUGGUGGCGGAUGCCUUGAAGACGUACGAAUAUAUUACUGAUCGCACAGAUAGGCCCAUCUUUAUUUGGGGCCAUUCCCUUGGAACCGCUGUCGCCACGCACAUGUGUUCGGACCUUCAACGAUUGGGAAAGCCUUCUCCAAAAGGAGUGAUCCUUGAGGCGCCCUUCACCAAUAUGCAGGAUGAGUUAAGGGGGAAUAGUUUCGGGAAUAUCAUGAGUUACCAUCCGCUCUUUAAAUUCGGCGUGGCGGAUGCCAUUUAUAAAAACAAACUUCGUUUUGAGUCGGACGAGCACAUCCUGGAAUUUUCGGCACCUGUUAUGAUUCUCCAUGCAAGGGACGACGUCGUGGUGCCGUACGAUUUGGGACAUCGUUUGUAUUUGAUCGGUAGCUCGCAGAGACUUUCGGGAACUGGACCUGUGGAGUUCCAUUCAUUCGACGAAAAUCGCGAAUUCGGUCAUAUGGAAAUAUAUAGGGCUCCGGAGCUGAAAGGUCUUGUGGAAAAUUUUGUCCAUAAAUACAGGGAAAAGAAUGUGACCAUUCCACAUUUCUUUCGAAAUACCAUGCAACAGUGUGCCCACCCCUAG